AUGGAUAAAAAAGUGAAAGAUUUUGAAUUUGGAGUUGAAGAAAGGAUAAUAUUAAAUGUCGGAGGGAGGAUAUUCGAAACCUAUAGAUCAACUCUUCAAUCAUCCUAUGAAGGUUCCUUACUUGAAAUUAUGUUUAGUGAUAGAAAUAAACAUUUAUUAAGACCAAAUGAAAAGGGUGAAUAUUUCUUUGACCGUUCAAGUGAAAUGUUUGAAUAUAUUCUAAAUGCAUACAGAACUGGUGAAAUGGAAUUACCAAGACAAAUACCUUAUAAAAUGUUUAUUAAAGAAUUGGAUUAUUUUCAAUUACCACAUCAUAAUACACAAUGUCCAUUUAAUAACAGUAAUAAUAAUAUAAAUAAUAAUGUAAAAAUAAAUAAUAAUAAAAAUAAAAAUGAAAAUGAAAAUGUAAAUAAAACCAAAAACGAUAAUAAUGUAAAUAAUAAUGUAAAUAAUAAUGAAACAAAAACCAAUAUUAGUCCGAGAGUAUUUAAUUGUAGUUAUAACCCAAUCAGUCAAUUAAAAAUAAAUACAGAUUUUAAAAAUAAUGAUAACAAUAAUAGUUAUGACGGCGGUUGUAAUAAUAAUAAUAAUAAUAAAAAUAAUAAUAAUAAUAAUAAUAAUAGUUCAGUUUGUUUUUGUAAUAAUAAUAAUAUAUUAUCAGGUGAAAAAUUAAAGAUUUUAUCAUUAGAAAGAGCAAGAAAAGAAGGUGGAGGAAUGUUAGAAACGAUAAAAAACUAUUGUUAUGAUAUCUUAUUAAAAGCAGCGGAAAAAGGUAAUCAAUAUGAAAUCAUUCAAUUUAAAUCCACUGAUAACGAAGAAUUUUAUUCAUUCAUAUCAAACCUUAGAAAUAGAGAAUUGUUACUUCACGAUUUUAUGAAUGAUAAUUUCGAUGUUUACUUUAGUGAAGAAUUUGGUGUCAGUCAUCAUUCUUAUUUAUUUCAAGUAACCUUUUGGACUCGUUAUUCAACUUUUGAUAUGUCCUCAACCGAUCAAGUUUUAAAUGAAAUUAAACAAAAAAUUAUACAAUUAUCUGCUUUUAUUUAUAAAAAAGCUGAAUAA